GCGUAGGAUCCUCCCAUCAAGGGUGUAAACUGCGUGAUGGUUGGCGGUUAUGACGCUCAGCGGCUGUCAAUUAAGACGGCGGUUUGAAACCAGCCCGGGAGCGCGUGCGACUUCUUGAUGUCUAUUACUUCGGUGGUUUCUUAGGGAAACGGGAGCUGGUUUCCUACUCUCUGAGUGGAGAGUGGUAGAAAACGAGCAAUUUUUUGUUUUUCUUUUGGCCUAAAGCAAGCCAAUAGUAGGAAUGCAAAGGAAGCAAGAUACCCUUCGGCUGUACUAUUAGACAAAAUGGAGAAAGUUACUGUAGAUGUGCUUGUAGAAAAGCAGAAUGAAGGCUCCCCAAAGCAAGACUCCAAAGAUGAAACUGACAUUAAAGCACUGAAUGACACUGAAUUACGGGAACAGCUUUCUGAGUAUGGAAUCAGCCCUGGACCAAUAUUACCUUCUACAAGGGCCAUUUAUGAGAAAAAGUUGCUGCAGUUCAUGAAGGGAUGCCCAGCAGUAGCAGCUAGACAGAAGGGUGAUGAUUGUGUUUCUGAUAACGGAAAAGAUGAAGAACAAGGAAUAAACACAGAAGUAGUCCUUGAAACAAACCACCUCAAAGUGACAGCUGAAUGUGCCUCUGGGGCUGAUAAUAAAUCUCACAUUGAUGUGGCAGAACGGCAGAAGAAACUCUUGUCACCUGAUGUUGAAUACAGUUUAGCCAAAAUAGUGUCAGAGUUACAGGAACUAUUGCCAGAGGGUAAAGUGGCAGCAUAUCGGUCCCAAGGACAACGGAGGAAAGCUAGCAGCAGUCCUGAGAGAAAUCACAGGCAAAUGAAAAGUGAUAUACCACACGAAGACUAUGGUUAUCCUGAAGCUAACGCAGGACAAAGCACUAGAAGAAGAUCCACAAAGGAGAAUCCCCUUUCAGUGAAGAAAGGUCCUGAAAUCAAAUCCCAGGUUGUACCUGAGCAACAAGAUGAAGGAUUUAUACCAAUGCGUGUAAAGAUGGCUGUAUUUGCCAUCUUUGUUUUCAUCCUUUUUGUAUAUGUAACUAUGGAAACUAAUCGAGAUAAUCCAUUCAUAGCCUUCAUUUCUGGGAUAUGAGUGUAGCCCUGUCCUAUAUAGAAUUGCAAGACCAAAGAAGGCUUUCUCUUUAACUGUGUAUGAAUAAGUUUGGAUAGUUAAUUAAAAGGCAAAAGGGGGACCAA